AUGGUCACAAUGAACGGGUACACGGUGACUCCGCAUCACCGCCAAAACCGGCGUCGUGAGCGUCCUGGCUCAAGAACUCGGCGGACCAUCACUCGCAAAGCCAACGUCCAGUACGAUGUUUACGAAGGCGUGCUGGAUGCCUGCGAUGCUGAAGUUCAUCUCCCAUCCGACAAAGCCAGACCAUCGCCUCUUCUCCGUCAGAACUUCGACCAGAAUUGGCAGAAAUGGAAAGCUAGGCAAGCCGAAGAGAAAGCUCUCGCGGAGAUGGACAGGAUGCAGUUAGAACAGGAGCAGUUGCAAUUUGAAAUAGGAGACGACGAGCUAUAUCGUUUGGGCAUCCUCUACAAUGACAAUGAAGAUCUUGCCCAAGACUCCGAUUCAAACACAAUUGCUUGCGAUGUGCCAAUCGAGCCGUCAGUCCCAAUGUUCAUCUUUCGGCAAGGCAAGCCCAGACUCUCUCGACGGCGUUCAAACUGGAGUUCUCUACCACUAUAUCUCUCACUCUCCUCUCUGAGUGACGAUGCCGACAUUUCGCGACUUCUUUCCCUUUCACCAUUCCCGACGAUUCAACAUCGCCUCACUCAAGCACCUACAACCACAUCCACGGAUAUUCCACAGUCCUUACCGACAUCGGCGUUGGAGUUUCCCUAUCACGAUGUUAACAACGAUAAUACCCAUUCCAUUUCAUCUGCACAACAACAUCAACAUCAACACAUCCUUGAUUUCAAUUCCGGAGACUGGACAUUCAUUCACACCCCACACCACGCGGAUCCAUCUCCAACACCAUCUUCCGAACCAGAGACAUGGAUCCUGAUCGACGACUCGUAA